CUGGAGGGUAAUUUAAUACUACACUCUUCUAGUAAUGGCUGCUAAAUCGGACGGGGUUCUGAAGAUGAAGAAGAGCGACGUGGCCUUCACCCCGCUGCAGAACUCGGAACAUUGUGGUUCGGUGCAGGGGCUCCACCCUGGCGGCCCAUCCGACUCUCUGGGCACCGGGGAUGGUGACUUUACCAACGGAGAGUCGCGGUUCUGCGGCGGCAGCAGUGGCGGACGGAGAAGCACGAUGUGUCUUCGCUUGGGCAGGGAGCAGCAGCGGUACACGGUGUGGGACUGUCUGUGGAUCAUAGCCGCAGUGGCCGUGUAUGUGGCCGACAUAUGCACUGACGUGUGGCUGUCGGUGGAUUACUACCUCCGCCGCGAGUACUGGUGGUUCGGCCUGACUCUCUUCUUCGUGGUGCUGGGUUCGUUUUCUGUGCAGCUCUUCAGCUUCAGAUGGUUUGUGCAUGACAUCAGCACCGAGGACAGCGCCACGGCCGCUGAUGGCAACACGCUGCUGAGCGCCUUCGCCUCUCACGGCGACAUCAGCUCGCAGCAGCAGCAGCCGGCCACGCCGCAAAGACAGGCGUCGACCGCCAGCAAGAACACCGCCAGCAACAGCCCUGCGAUUACCGCGCUGGGCAACAGGGGCAAGAAAAGCUCUCCUUACUACACUUUCUGCGUGUGGUUCAGCCAGUCGGUCCUUCACAUCCUCCAACUGGGCCAGAUAUGGAGGUAUUUCCACACCAUCUACCUGGGAAUACGGAGUCGUCAGAGUGGAGAGACGGAGCGCUGGCGUUACCACCUGAGGAUGGUGUAUGAGUUUGCAGAUGUGAGCAUGCUGCAUUUGCUCGCCACCUUUCUGGAGAGUGCUCCUCAACUGGUGCUGCAGCUGUGCAUCAUCAUACAGACAUACAAGCUGCAGGCUGUCCAAGGCAUGACUGCAGCAGCCUCCCUUGUGUCUCUGGCCUGGGCUCUGGCCUCCUACCAGAAAGCUCUGCGAAAGUCUCGGGAUGACAAGAAGCCCAUCAGCUAUCUGGCGGUCAUCAUCCAGUUCUGCUGGCAUUUUUUCACCAUCGCAGCCAGGGUUAUCACAUUCGCCCUGUUCGCCUCGGUGUUCCAGCUCUACUUUGGCAUCUUCAUCGUCCUGCACUGGUGUAUAAUGACUUUCUGGAUUGUCCACUGUGAGACGGACUUCUGCAUCAGCAAGUGGGAGGAGAUUGUGUUUGACAUGGUGGUGGGAAUAAUCUACAUCUUUUCCUGGUUUAACGUCAAAGAGGGAAGGACAAGGUGCCAACUUUUCAUCUACUACCUGAUGAUCCUGGCGGAGAACACAGCCCUCAGUACACUGUGGUAUCUUUACCGGACACCAUCUGCAACCGAUGCCUUUGCAGUUCCAGCGCUCUGCGUUAUCUUCAGCAGUUUCCUCACUGGAGUGGUUUUCAUGCUAAUGUACUAUGCCUUUUUUCAUGCCAACGGGCCACGCUUCGGGCACUCACCCAGCAGCCAAGACCUUGAUCUGGACCUCACUGCCCAGUUCGCCACACUACCAUCAGAAGGUCACACCAAUUCGCUGCAGUCCAACCGAGGUGCCACCAAAACUCUGGAGCGCGACAUGGGCAAAUACUCCGAGCGGGACAGCUGCAUGCCAGUGUUUCAGGUCCGACACACAGUGCCAUCAACCUCAUCGUCUAGUGCUCCACGCCUGGAAGAGACUGUCAUCAAGAUUGAUCUUUGUAGAAACCACUACCCAGCCUGGGAACGCCAUGUCCUUGACCGCAGUAUACGAAAGGCCAUCCUGGCCGUAGACUGCUCCCUCACUCCCCCCAGGCUGCAGUAUAAUGCUGCAGUAGAAGCACGACUCUCUUGGUCAGGAGAGGCUAGAAUAUGAGACCACCUUAUAGUUGUGUCUUGCAGUAAGAGACAUCACAGAAACAGCAGCAGGAACUGUGGCAAUAAAACCUGUUACAUUUGAAUCCAUUAUUUGUAGGACACCAAAACCCUAUCGGCUGUGCUGAUAAAUAAUGGAAUAACUAUGUUGGUGUUCUUCAUAGUGGAAGCCACAACAGGAACAUCUACGUCUGUAUAUCAUUUUGAUGUACAAUGUGAUACUUGUGCCAAACAAAUUCCCUAAAUACAAUGGUAAGUCAAAACGUUCUAAGACAAAUUUAUUUUAAAAGUUAGAUAUCCUUCAAUUAAGUUUAAACUCUUAGACAAUCUUAAAAGGUUUCCAUUCAAGUUUGGAUUAAAAAAAAGUUCAUUUUUAAAGGAUUAAAAACCUGACCAAAUAAAACAAAACACAGGUCAAAGCUCCACAAAGAUGUGAAAACCAGUCAAAGCUGUUACGUUUUAGCUAAUAAAAACACUCACCUUCCCAAAUCUGUCUCAGAACUUUUUGACUUACCCUUGUAUAUCUUCCUUAGUUAGAUCAUGUGAAACUAAGUGAAACCUCAGUGAUCCAGGAUGGGUCCCUCGCCCUUUAGGUUGCAUUACUUUUCAAUUAAAUUGACCUGAAAUGAAAGCUUAGUUAAUAUUCGUUAAUUAGAUUGGGUCACAGCUGUGAGAGGUUAGUAAUUUUACCUCACUGCAAAAGUUGCCUCACACCAUGCCCUGGAAUUUACUGGUUCUACCGACUCCACAACAUGCAGGAUUAAAUUAAGUGUUAAUUUGGGAACUACUACAGUAGUAAAUGUGAAUUUAAAUGGUUGUGUGUUUCUAAAUGUGGCCCUGUGAUGGACCGGUGAAUUACCCAGGGUGUUCUCUGUCCGCAACCAGUGACUGCUAGGAAUGCCUCCAGCUCCCCCCAGUGGCCCAGACGAGGAUGACGUGGUAGAAGAUGCAUGAA